CGUUCCACAGAUUCAUCAGUGCCACCAGAGAUUCUUGCCCGAGGACCUAGGGCUCAGCGUGCUUACGAAAGAGCUUUGCAGAUUGGGAAAGUCAAAGUAUACCGCGGCCGUAUCAUGAUCCUUGGUCAAGACCGUGCUGGCAAGACAAGCUUGAAGAAAUCCCUGCUUGGUUUGCCGUUUAACCCUCAAGAAAACAGCACAAUAGGGGUGGAAGUUGAUCCUUCCAGAUGUGAGCUGGAAGUCGCUCAAAUAAAGAACUGGGAACCUACAGAACGGAAGAAGCUUGAUGUCUCUGAUUUUGCUGAAGACAUGGCAAAGUUAGUCGCCAGAGAUUUGAACCAAACAGUUGAUCAAGAAAAUGUCUCUGAUUUUGUUGAAGACGUGGCAAAGUUAGUCGCCAAAGAUUUGGACGACACAGUUGAUCAAGAAAAUGUUUCGACUGCUGGUUCACCUUCACAAAAGGAGGUAGUGUUCUUUUCAUGCGAAUCAUCUAAAAUACGCUUAAAAAUUCCAUUACGAGGUUUACUGCCUAGUUGAAAGAAGUAGCAUUAAAUAAAGAGUGAUUUUGCUUUAAUGUAUAGUUGUUAAGCAGGAAAAAAAUAAUAAUAACUUUCGUCAAUUGCUUGUGACUAAGGCCACGUCCACUCGUAUCCGGAUAUUUUUGAAUCCGCACCUUUUUCUUUCCGGAUACGGCCUCGGUCCACACGUGUCAGAUGCAUCCGGCAAACUAAUCCGCUCUCCAGAGUGGAAAUUUUUGAAUGCAGUAUGAAUCCGGAAUCGUGUGUUCGCUAAAUCCGGAUAUAUAAAAAUUUUUUCAUCCAGUGACGUAACAAGAUCGAGCCAGGUCUUUACCUUGAAUACUGUAUUCAAGAUGGCAAGCUUGUUUCCAGAUUCUCUCAAUGUAAGGUAAGAUGCAAAGUUCGGGCGCUUUACGACGCAUGCUCUGUUGCCAAUAUUCCCGGUGGAGUCUUGGGUACUAGAGUGAAUCCGGAUACGUGUGGACGGGUAAAUCCGAUUUGAAUGCGGAUACUUUGGACAUGGAAAUUUUUGAAUCCGGAACCAAAACGUUGCGGAUUCAAAUUCGCAUACCAAUUAUUUUUGCGAAAACUGACUACAACGUACUCCAGGACUUUUCGUCAUAUAUAUGAUAUAUUUACCGCGGUUUACAUUUAUUGUAGUUACGGCAUAACAACCUGCCUAAUCCUGCUGCUGCUGCUGCUGCUACUGCUACUGAGUCAACGCCAGAUACCAUCAUGGUUAAGGAGAUGGAAGAGGAAUCUUCUGAUGAUAGUGAUCUGGAAAAUAGGUAUCAAGCUGAGCUCAAUAUCGGCAGCACCUCAGUCGUACCAAAUGACGUUACCGAAUUGGUUGUCCGGUACCUAAAGAAUCUGAAAUUAGAAGAACACAUCAAAGCGAAGGAAGUGGUUUUAACGCUGUGGGAUUUUGCAGGUCAACACCUUUACUAUGCAUCCCAUUCUGUGUUUCUUUCCCGGCGUGCAAUUUACAUCUUAGUGUACAACCUCCACAAGAGUAUAUGUGCCAAAGCAGAACCUCGUGUCAGGCAAGGCACUCAUGAGGUUGUUCUGGACAACCCAAACAAUGAGACCAAUCUAGAUCAUCUUUUGUCUUGGUUGGUAUCUGUGCACGCCAUUGUGCCCCAAGUGGAUCAAGUCGGCAAAGCCCUCGAUAGCCAAGCGACGAGUGUACCUUAUCUACGUCCUCCAGUGAUCAUUGUGGGCACAAACGCCGAUCAACCGUUUGAAGAUCCCAGAACCACGGAAAAGUGCAUCCAGAGAAGUGUCUCGGGCAAAACAUACGAGAAGCACGUGAUUAGGCCAUUCUUUGCUGUUGAUAACACCAAGUCGAACAAAGAUUUAGGAGUUCAAGGACUGCGGCAGAAAAUCAUGGAAGUUUUGAAUCAAGAGCCGUACAUGGGAGAAGAGGUACCGCUGAGGUAAAAUGCUGCCAUAUUUCGUUAAAAAUGUUAUAGCAAACUUUUUCGAGGGCUGUUUACUCAAGCACUUGGAAACAAAAAACUCACAGCAGUCUGUGGCAACGUAAAAAUAGCGUAAGCGUAAGCCGCACUAAAUCUGGUUAAAGCCAUUAAAUUCUUUUUUAUUCUUUAUUGUCAACAGCAAAAAAAUCUUAAUUAAUUCUUGGAAAUCGAUGUAGGAGCUUUCUCAAAUUUAGAAAAUAUGAGUUAAUUCCAAUAACUGUCUUUAGGCACUUUACGAGAAAUAUCAGUUUCUUCAUGUUGCUUGGAGGGAGGGGGGCAAGAUGUGUAAGUAGAUGAUGUGUAAAAGUUUGCAUGGUGCAUUCCUUAGAUGGUUUAACUUCGAAAAAGUUGUAGAAGCAUUAGUGGCCAAGGGAACCUACUACAUGGAUCUAGAUCAGCUCCUGAAUGUCACAAGAAAGGUUUGCCGCAUCUAUGACGGGGAUGAGUUGACAGCCAUGCUGAAUUUCUAUCACGACCUUGGCGUGAUUGUUAAGCACGGCCAGACUGUGGUAUUGCAGGCGCAGUGGUUGAUUGAUCUUUUCAAACAAUUGAUAACUGUGCGGCCUUUUGAUGAAGUUGUAAGUUAUGUCUUUUGAUAACGUAAUUACAAUACAAACUUUGAAGUGAUUCUUUGAUGUUUUUGUUACCCUGACAUAACAUAACGUAUCAUAAACUUUAUUUAUGCUCGAAUUUUAGAGUAGCCAACAAGCUAAUAUCUUUGAGCUGACACUACAUAAAAAAAGAAAAAUAUUUUAAAUAUAUUAUGAAUAAUAAUAAUAACAAUAAUUUUAAUAAUAAUAGAAAAAUAUUAUUUACAAUUUUAAGUAUAAGUAUGUACAAGCAAAAGAAUCUAUAUAAAGGUAACACCCUGCAUUUUAGUCUUAAAGUCUGUAAAAAGCUAGUGCGAAAAAAGUCUGGCAGUGCAUUCGAUCCACUGCUUAGCUGAAAAGUAAGAAAAGGAGUUAAGACCCUUGGUAGUUGUAUUAGGUUUACUAAAUAAAAGAAUGUAGUUGCCACGAAGAUCAUAGGAAGAGGACCGGAGUGAAAACAUAUUCUUCAUAUAAGCAGGAAAAUGAGUGAAAAACAAACUCUUAUGUAACAAUAUGAGGAAAUUCUGAACGCGCUUGCUACACAACGUAGGAGAGGUGACCUUUGAAAAACUAAUGGUGAAAUGUAACUUCAUCAAGUGGUAUCAUUUCCAUUCGCCACUGGGGAAACGAGAAUCGAACUGGAGCCGAAAUGCCUCCCGCAAUUGUUUCUGGGAUCGUUUCUGAGGACUCACCUGUCAGCUAUUGGCCAUUAUUCUCCUGUCCCCAGCAAAUGGCCCAGACGUCUUUGCGAAAGUUUGUUUGACCCAGUUUCCCUCUCGUUUCAUAAGUGGCGAAUUUAGACCUUACUCGAAUCUACUGUUUAUCAUUCCAUUUACGAAUGUGAAACACAGUCGUAGAAUCCGCACAUAGUAUUAUUUUGUGGUAUUGUUAUUUAGAAUGCCGUAUCUUUUGCGAAAUCUUCGCAAACCCUCGGCGACUAAAAAAAAAAAAGAAUUGUUGUUUCCUAUUAAAUGACAACAUUGUUAGUUUUGGCCCUUUCUUGACUGAAGAUAGCAAGGCUAAAUUUUUUGUUUCUUUGCCUGUUUGUUUUUUGUUUUUAUUUUAGACGAGUUGUAUAAAUUAAACUUCUUUUUUCUUUGUAUUUAGGAUCCUAUGUUUUCAGAGUGCUGGCUUGAGCUUGAGCAAAGCGGCAUUCUAAGGAUGGCUUUGGUUGAUCACAUUUUUGCAGAAUUUAUCCAGGAAGGUCUGAGUAAGCAGGAUAUUUUGGACAUGAUGGAGGCCUAUGGAUUGAUCAUCAAAUUCUCUUGUUCAUCUGCAGAAAGCGGACAGGAGCAAACUGAGUUCUUUGUUCCCUCUCAGCUAAGAUCAUCUCCGUCAGGUCUCUGCGAAUUGAAGCCUUCUGAAAGCGAUCCAUGUCCGUUGUACCUGCACUUUCUUGACGGCUUUGUUCCUAACGGUUUCUUCCCUCAGCUUUUGUCAAAAUGUAUUCACUGGUGUUCAAAACAGAGGUUAAAAGGACCACCUCAAUUAUUCCAAAAUGGCGCAAGGCUUUUCAUCGGAGUGCAUGACAUUUUUGAGCUUAUUCUUCUCUGCAGAAAGAGAUUCAUCAAGGUCUUGUUAAAGAAAAAUACUACUUCCAAUUCUUCGGCCGGAACAUGUGCUACUCGAUUGAUGGCUAAUAAGGUUCGAGACUCUCUCGAAGAAACUUUGCAAAGUUUGUCUCGUGAACUAUCCUGGUUAUGCAACCUUCGCUAUGAACUAUGUGUUUUAUGCACUUCUUGCUUGCAAAGCAGUGAACAGUGUAGAAAGCAUGGCUUAGUAUCAAGUGAUCACGACGAUUGUCAGCAUCUUCUGCAGGUGCUACCAGGGGAGAAGCUGUUUUGUUCGAGGAGUUUCGGUGAUAACACAGUGAACGUUCAUGGAUUGGAGAAAUGGUUUCAUCUCAUUGAGGUAAGGACUAUAUCUAGCCUUUUUUACUUAUUCAGUAAAAGACAUGUAUGUACCCCGAACCGAAAUACGAGAAAUACUGCAGUGAAACUAAUUGCACAUGCACGCAGCUCCUUCUUACGAUAACCAGUCAAGCGCUCGACUUCAUAACGAAUCAUGGUUUGUUACUCCAAGUUUGUCUUGAUUAAGAUGUCGUUCUCCUUCGUCGAACGCAAUAAUGGGCUGCAUUGUAUCUAAUUUGCUUUACGAGAUUGACAAACACUAUAACAAGUUACUGAAGGUCCGUGUAACCUGUUUGUACCCUACAAUUGCUUUGAAUUCGCAGAAGAGGAGAUACAAAAUUUGACGCCUUAGGAUUUGUCUACUGGGGUCAAACUAAAGGUUUCAAGCAUGGCAACUCGCCGUAGAUACUCCUAAAGUGGAUGAUUUAAAGAGUGGGUCUAGUACAAAUGUUGAACGUCAUAUGCUAGAAAAAAAAAAUGGUGGGUCCACGCCCUUAUGUUCCUCCAAAGUAGACGGAGAGAAGACAUAAAAUCCUGAUACGGUCUGCUGUGUUCUGUUGUGCCAAAUGUGGAACUAAUUCUGACAUUCAAGCUAGCACAAUUUAGUUUCAAUUUCAGCGUUUGAUCUCGACGCCUGUAAGUUUCCAAGGAAUGUGAUUUAUUGUGUGGCACCGCAUUUAAUUCACUGCCAGCAUGCUUUUUCUGUUAAACCCUUUUUUCUUGUGUUAUUCUGCUCUAAAAUACGAUGACUUGUCUUUCUCACAGGCCGAUGAAGCGAAAACGGAAAACAGGACAGCGAAAGGUAUGGUAUGUGUACAUUUGAGUUUUACUGAUUCGGCUUCGAUUUGCUAUUGAAUAGAAGUCGAUUGACCUGAUUGUUUCUCGAGAUACAUAUAACAGUCAGGUUGCUCUACGUUGGCUAUUCCUUCAAAUAUUGCAUGGGUUCUUAGCCCUGGUUUUGAAUAAGAAAGGGAGAGAAUCAUCUGAUACGAUUCAAAAGUCUUAAACACAGCCAGCAUGGUCUUCCUUUUUUAAAUUCACGCCUGGUUCGUGGUCCAGCCGGGUUUUGAACCUGCGACCUACAGCUAAAGUGUCCGGCGCUCUUGUUACUAAGCUAAGUGGGCGGCAGUUUUUAUUGGAGGGUUCGAGUCACUAAGGGUUGAUUUCCAGUGUCGCGUAAUUUUUACGUGCGUACGUGCCUAAAAUUUACGUUCGCAAAUAAAAUAGAUUAAAUGCAUGAAAGGUCGCUCGUAAGCGUAAAAGUUGAACCUUGCUCAACUUCUCGUUUAAGCUUAGCAUUUUUUAUCUUGUCUCUGUUUUAUUUACGUGAUUAAAAUAUACUUACGUUAACGUGCGUAGCCAACAACGCGUCAGUGGAAGUCAACAUCAAAGGUAAAAUUACAGCGGUUAAUGUAUGGAAUAGGCAAAUCUAGUGGAAAUCAAUUGUGGUUCGCGCCAGCCCGGGAUUUGAACUACCGAGGGUGCUUGUUCCGGCCUGUAAUCUACUGUAGUUGUAAGCUAGAAAUCCUAACAAAUUUCCUAUUAGUUCUAGACCUAAUGGGCUUAAGCUACCAUCAUUUUGGACGCCCUUGUGUUGUUAAAGAUGUGUAUGAUAAAUUUGUGAAUUAGAAUGGUUGCUUUCAAACAGCUUCUUCAGUCUUGGAUCAUCACAUUGUUGGUAGCUUCGAAGCAAGUACCGCAGUAGAAGACGAAGUAGUCAUGGAUCGUACCGUGUCUUUCAAGUCUGGCGUACCAUCGUCCAGUGACCUUCUCCUCAUUGCUUCAGGGCUUGGUAGCUCCUGGAAGAUGCUUGGUCGAAUCCUGUGCCUUCCUGAACCUGUUUUAGAACAGAUGGAGGAGGACGAGCGCCAUUUGCAUGAAAAAAGCUAC